AUUGAUGAAAUAUGAACAAAUAAUUUAUAAAACAAUAGAGAUACAUGCAAGCAAGUUGAUAAAAGGAAAAUCAUAAAGGUUAUAAUGGGGUCUCUCCUUAGUUGGGAAAUUUGGGAUAAAUAAAAGGAUAAGGUAAUCAAAACUAUAUGUGCCUCUUCUGGCCUCACACUUUGAUGCUUUAACUAAAGUUCCCUGUUAGGCAAAUGAAAAUGAACACCACAAUGCUCUCUAGCUGCCCAAAACACUCAACUCCUAUCCCAAUUCCACUUUCCUCCAAAUCUCAGCAUCACCAUGCACUUCGUUUUCCCAUCAAAUGCUGCAGCAGCAGCAGCAGCAGUGGCAGCGGCAGCGGCAGCAACAACAGCACAACUAGCAUCAAUGAUAAUGGUAGCGAAUCGCAACCCGUUACACCACCAAUAACACCGCCAAACACCGUGGAGAUUCGAUACAGAAGACGUACAUCAAAACGUAGAAAGCAGAAGGAAGAAGAAAUGAUUAACGCAGGGAAACAAGCUGUUAAACCAAAGCCUCCGCCUAAGGAUUGGGACUCAAUGAAUAUGACUGAGAAGGCAAUAGAAUUGUACAUGGGAGAAAAAGGACUUUUGUUUUGGUUAAACAAGUUUGCUUAUGCUUCUAUUUUUAUUAUUAUUGGAGGUUGGAUUAUUUUUCGAUUUGUUGGUCCUGCACUUGACCUUUAUCAGUUGGAUACUCCUACUCCUCUUUCUCCUGAAUCUAUGUUUAAAGGUUCAGGAGAGAAACCUUGAUCAUUGCAAAGUUCAAGUUUGAGAUGAGAUCAAUAAAUUUUCCAAUUUCCCCUUUUUGCUUUAGUCCAAAUUUUGUACUAGUACUUAUGUAACUUGAUAAAGUUAAUAGAUUUAAGCAAAUAAACAUGCCACAAUACGUUCAGUCC